UUUUUUUUUUUUUACUUUGUCUUUUCUUUCCUCUUUUUCCAACAAAAGUAUAUCUCCUCUGUUUUACUAUGCAACAAGUGGAAUGCCCAAUCUGUGGAGAAAACGUUAACGCCAACAAUAUCAAUUCUCAUUUGGAUUCUAAUUGUUCAACUCCUGUAAUUCAAUCAGAAGGUACUGUGGCUUCUUUAUUUACCAACCCUAAAGCUCAGAAAACGUCAGAAACAGAUUCACAGCCGAAGAGAAUAGCACCAUUAUUCAAGUCACCAACAAAAUCCUCUACUACAGAACAACAAUCAUCACAGAAGCAACAACAGAAACAAUCGCCAUCAUCAUCACCAACAACAACAGCAGUAAUGACACGUCAGAUAACAGAUACUGCGCCAACACCAAGUCGGAAGCGUCAAAAACUUGACGCUGCUUCUGCGUCUAUGCCUCUGGCUGCUAAAGUACGACCUAUCUCUUUGGACGAGUUUGUGGGACAAGAUGAAUUGGUGGGGAAGGAAGGUAUCUUGCGUACAUUGAUUGAAUCGGACCGAAUCCCAUCCAUGAUAUUUUGGGGUGGACCAGGUUGUGGCAAAACAACUUUAGCUAGAAUUAUAUCCAAAACGACUAAAUCAAGGUUCGUGGAGCUUAGUGCAACAAGUCACGGUGCAGCCGAUGUGAAAAAAGCAUUUGAUGAAGCCAAAGGGCAUCUCUCAUUAACAGGACAACGAACAAUUGUAUUUAUAGAUGAAAUACACCGAUUUACCAAAGUACAACAAGACUUAUUCUUACCGUAUGUAGAACAAGGACAAAUUCGAUUGAUUGGCGCCACCACAGAAAAUCCCAGUUUCAAGGUGAAUGCUGCUCUUUUAUCACGAUGCCGUGUUUUUGUACUCAAACAACUGACAUCAGAUGAAAUCACGUCUAUUUUGACCAAUGCACUACGACGAUGGCGAUUACCAGAUGAUAUAGAAGAAAAUAGUGACAUGGAAGAAUUGGAUGAUAAAGAUCAAGCCUCAGAAAAGGAAGCCAUUUCCUUUUUAGCCAAUUUUAGCGAUGGUGAUGCAAGGAAUGCGUUGAAUACAAUGGAAAUCGCGCUAUCUUCUCUUCCUUCCAAGAAAACAGUUUUAAAGGUGGAAACAAUCAAAGGUGCUUUUCAGAAAUCACAUUUACUAUAUGAUCGAAAUGGAGAAGAACACUACAAUAUCAUCAGUGCUUUACAUAAAAGUAUUCGUGGAAGUGAUGCAGAUGCAGGGUUAUAUUGGCUUGGACGUAUGCUAGAAGCAGGUGAAGAUCCAUUAUACAUCGCUCGGCGACUUGUACGGUGUGCUAGUGAAGAUAUUGGAUUAGCAGACAAUUCGGCUCUACCAUUGGCAGUUGCAGGUUAUCAAGCUUGUGAAAGAAUUGGACUUCCUGAAUGCAAUGUGAUCUUGGCUCAAGUUGUGGUGUAUUUGGCAGAAACAAAGAAAAGUGUCAGGGUAUAUAAAGCAUACAAAAAAGUCAAGGAAGUGAUUGCAAGUGAACCGAAUCAUCCUGUCCCUUUACAUAUACGAAACGCCCCUACAAAGUUAAUGAAGGAUAUUGGUUAUGGUCAUGGAUACAAAUAUAAUCCCGAUUAUGAUGAACCUGUGGAACAAACAUAUCUUCCUGAUGCUCUUGCGGAUCGAAAAUUCUUGGAACAGGAUUAGUUUUACUUAUCGUAGUAUAGUAUUUUGUUUUGUAUUGUAUUUUAUUAAAAUGAUUUUUUUUUUUGAAUGAA